CGGAAAUGAGGUCAGAGAGGGAAGCCCCGGCGGGGAGACUGGGCCCCAAAAGCCGCGGCCGUCGGAGGUGGCUGCGGCAGCGGAUGUGGCCUCAUGGAUGAGCUGGUACAUGACUUAGCCUCAGCCUUGGAGCAGACAUCUGAGCAGAAUAAGCUUGGUGAGCUGUGGGAGGAGAUGGCGCUGAGCCCUCGGCAGCAGAGGCGGCAGCUUCGCAAACGGAGAGGCCGGAAGCGCCGUUCAGACUUCACUCACCUGGCAGAGCAUACCUGCUGCUACAGUGAGGCCUCUGAGUCAAGUCUGGAUGAGGCCAUCAAGGACUGUCGAGAAAUGGCCCCAGUCACCAAUUUCAGUGACUCUGAUGACACUAUGGUAGCCAAACGGCACCCAGCUCUUAACGCCAUUGUUAAGAGUAAGCAACAUUCUUGGCAUGAAUCUGACUCCUUUACUGAAAACGCGCCUUGUCGACCGCUCAGGCGCCGGCGGAAGGUGAAGCGCGUAACAUCAGAGGUGGCUGCCAGCCUUCAGCAGAAGCUCAAGGUGUCAGAUUGGAGCUAUGAGAGAGGCUGCAGGUUCAAGUCUGCUAAGAAGCAGCGUCUGUCCCGCUGGAAGGAGAAUACUCCCUGGACCUCAUCAGGUCACGGGUUGUGUGAAGCAGCAGAAAAUAGGACUUUCCUAAGCAAAACGGGAAGGAAAGAAAGGAUGGAGUGUGAAGCAGAUGAACAAAAACAGGGCUCUGAUGAGAAUAUGUCAGAAUGUGAAACCAGCAGUGUGUGUAGCAGCAGUGACACAGGGCUCUUUACCAACGAUGAAGGACGGCAAGGGGAUGACGAGCAGAGUGAUUGGUUCUAUGAAGGAGAAUGUGUCCCAGGAUUCACUGUCCCUAAUCUUCUGCCCAAGUGGGCUCCUGACCAUUGCUCUGAAGUAGAGAGAAUGGAUUCUGGACUGGAUAAACUUUCAGAUUCCACAUUCCUUUUACCUUCUCGGCCAGCUCAAAGAGGGUACCAUGCUCGCUUUAAUCGUCUGCCUGGAGCUGCAGCUCGAUGCCUCAGAAAGGGGCGAAGAAGGCUUGUUGGGAAGGAGUCCAGCAUGAGUAAUUUGGGAACUGAGAGGAUAGGCCACCUCAUUAGUGACCCUCGGCAGAAAGAAAAGAAUAAAGCGUUGGCUUCUGAUUUUCCUCACAUUUCUGCUUGUGCACAUGAGUUUAAUCCUCUUUCUCCCCUUUACUCCCUGGAUGUUCUUGCUGAUGCUUCUCACCGAAGAUGUUCACCAGCACACUGCUCUGCCAGACAGGCAAACAUACACCUGGGACCGCCAUGUUCACGUGACAUCAAGAGGAAACGGAAACCUGUGGCUACAGCAUCUCUGUCCAGCCCAAGUGCCAGUAAUUAUAUAUUUCACAUGGAUGCAGCGGAGCCAACCAUACCAGCAUCACAGGCCCCCAAAUCUCCAAACUCUGAGUGGUUGGUCAGGACCUCUGCUGCAGAGAAAACCACUGACUCAACUGCAGCUACAUUUUUUAAAAUGCCACAAGAAAAGAGCCCUGGAUACAGCUAGACAGCAGAAUUUCACCCACCAAGAGACGACUGGAUGUUGUUGAAACAAAUAUUAGACUUUGUAUUAUAUUGUCUUGCAUAUCUUAAUUGACAUUCCCAGUCCUUUCGCCACCAGGACUGACUCCUCUUCAAAGAAGUGGACUCUUUCUCUUAGAAAAUUAUAUUGUGAAAAUCUUUUUCUUUUUUUUAAUUGUAAAAUAUUAGGACAGCAAUUUUUUUAAAAAAGGUCAUCCUAUGCUAUAUUUGUUACAUUGCUAUUGCUGUCCCAACAGUUACCUACAGCUCUGUUUACAGAGCUGUUGCUCUUUUGCAGGUAUGUCUUUUUUCUUGAAGAACUAGUAACUGCUUUUGCAUAUUUUUUGUGUAGAGCUUUUAAUACCAUUUGAGGAAGUUCCAAAUUUGCAGCCAGUUCCAGACAAAGUUAAACACAGAUUUAAGAUCUGUGUGUGGAAUUGUUUGCAGGAGAUAAGGCUUGCCUUUGAGCAUGGUCUUGAUUCAAGCAGAGUGCCAAUAAGAUAAAUCCACCAAGUACUCAAUUUGGAGCUUCAGAAGAGACUACCAGCAGCAUGGGCCUUGGAAACUUACUCCAUUUUUCUAGAUGGCCUGUUGGAAUCGCCAGCAGCUGCAUUGUACUUUGCCUCAUCUCCAAAGUCUGUGUUCUACUGAAAGAGGACCUAUAUAUAUACACAUACAGAUUGGUGUCAUGAAGAAGGUGCUUUAGGUGUACAGCAAAUUUAAAAUAGUGGAUUGUGUCUUAAUACUUCAUGUUGCGGUGUAAGCCUUUAUGUACUAAACAAGACUUUUAUCGUUAGUAUUAUAGGUCAAUAACCUGUAGCAGAAAUUCAUACUCUAUUAUAAUAAUGGCUUUUUGAGGCCAUACUUUGGGGAGGAAGAAUGUCUUUUUGACAUGCCUUUAUACUUGGUAUGUUUAUGACGGCUCAGCUGCAUGAAGAGUUAUAUAUACAGCCAUGCCUCAAGUUGGAUGCUCCUUUGUCAAAAUGAGGAAUAAGUGACUGCCUAGAGCUUCUGAAGAAAAGCCACCCUUUCUAAAAAAAGUAUUAUCAAGAGUGUCUGUCGUUGAGGGACCUGGUUGGCAGAAGGGCUCUUUUUUGUACAAAUUGAAUGCUUUUACUCUGAGAUACACAGAAGCCGUUCUCAAGUGUCCGCUGCUCUUGUGACAUUCUAGAGGAACUCCCACCCCUGCACCUGGUAGGACAGAGCCUCCUUUCCCUGAAGCGCAGUUGUCCUUCUUUCUCACACAGAAUUUAAUGGUGGGCUGCUCUGUCGUAUUCCUUUAAAAAUUGUUGUCCUUAUCAGUGGUAGCUCCAGAAUGUCCUUGUCAGUGGGGUGGGUGUGAAUCUGGUGGGAAAGGGGAACUGGAAGCUAAGUUUACAUAGUACUUUAUGUAAGACUGAGAACAUGGCAGUUGUCCACAACAAGGAACAUGGUGGAGGGAGGGGCGGGUGGAGAUUAUGGCGUGAGAAGUAGUGCUAAAGCCAGCCCAGCAUCCCUGGGAGCCACCCAGGUUCUUGUGCAGUAGCGAGUGUACUUCCCUUCCUAUGGCUGUACCCAUAGCAGAAUAGAAAACAUAAUGUCUGUUGAAUAUAAAGUGGUUCUACUCAGUUGUUUUAGUGAUGAAGGUAUCUUUUUGUUGUAAUAUGUGCACUAGUCCCUAUAGUGUCCCGAGGCAUUCAUUUCUAACAUAAUUUGUUGGAUUUAAGGGAGAAAUUCAUGAACAUAAUAAUUUUAUUUUCUUUGCACUAAGCUCCAUGGCUCAUUCAAAGAUCAGUCCUGUGAUCAUGGCCUGUUAAGACCUCUGUAGGUCGGGUAACAUCUUUUUCUUCAUGACAUGUAGCCUAAUAAUUCUCCUUUCUACCUGCGAUUAAAAAUCACUUAUAUGUACAACUUUAUUUACAUUUUAAACAUCUAUGAUGUAAAGGCAGGUGAUUGCUACCAUUUUAUAGAGUCAAGAACAGUCUUAGUGACUUGCCCCAAAUCUCAUAAUCAAGUCAAGACUAAAAUCCCAGACUUACAGACUUUCUUGGCCCUGGGUUAUAGUCUUUUGAUUGUCACUGAUAGACCUGAGUCACUCUGAGACUCAUAUUUUUGAAACAGUAACUCUGAGACUCAUAUUUUUGAAACAGUAUGCCAGACAAACAGCAUGUUUAUCAUCUUUCUUGAUCAAGCUUUCCUACAUAUUUUGAAUACUUUCAACAGGGAGCAACCCAAAAUGCCAUAUCUGUAAUAAGUAGGAGAGAAAAUUAAUUGCCUAAGAGAAUAGCCAUUAAGCACACAAAUAUUUUUCCAAUACAGGGUUGUAAAUUGUGCUCCUUAUUUUAAGCUGCUGCAUGAGCAUGCUUACAGAAUUAUUCACCGACUUA